UCACAUGAUCAGAGAGGAUUCAAGAGCAAUCGGAGUUUGACGAAGAAGAUGACCGGACAAGAGAAGAUGAUGAAGGUUCUAUGCCUCCAUGGCUUCAGAACUAAUGGGGGCUUCUUGCGCAAACAAAUCAGCAAGUGGGAUCCUUCCAUCUUCCAACACUUCCAAUUGGACUACCCCGAUGGCAUUUUCCUAGCAGGUGGGAAGUCGGACAUUGAGGGUGUAUUCCCACCACCCUAUUACGAAUGGUUCCAAUACAACAAGGAGUUUACUGAGUACGAGAAUUUGGAGGAGUGCAUAUCCUUCUUGUGCGAUUACAUGAUGAAAAAUGGCCCCUUUGAUGGAUUGCUUGGCUUCUCUCAGGGUGCAGUACUAGCAGCAGUUCUGGCAGGCUAUCAAGCCCAGGGACAGGUACUGAAGGACCAUCCCCCAAUAAAGUUUUUGGUCUCGAUAUCAGGUAGCAUGUUCAGAGACCCGAGCAUAUGUGACAUUGCCUACAGAGACCCCAUCAAGGUGAAAUCUGUGCACUUCAUUGGGGAAAAGGAUUGGCUGAAACUUCCCUCUGAGGAUCUCGCUUCUGCCUUCGAUAAUCCACUGGUUUUGAGGCAUCCUCAGGGCCACACUGUCCCCAGAUUAGAUGAGGGAGCUGUGAAUCAAUUAAGUGAAUGGACUGAAAGCAUUUUCAGAAGUAAUCUAGCCAGUGAUCAUGCAUCUCGUCCAGGGAGUGUUGAAUCUAAUACGAGCAGCAUCGAGCAAGGUGCAACACAAACUAAUGAUCCAUUAUAUCAGUAGAAGAUGUUUCAGCGAGUGCAUGAACAAUCUGGCUGUGACUUGGUUGAUGCCUAAAUAAGUUACAGAACACGGACUCUUCUUCUUCUCAUGUGAUGUUUUCUUUUUAUCCUAGUCACCAAACACAUGGGUAAGGUAUCUUAUCAAGUUCAACUUUUAGUGAGUGAGUGACACUUGAUUCAUUUUAGAUUGAAGGCGAGAUCAACCUUGCUUGCACAAUCCAACAAUGGACUCAAGACGAGCCAAUUAUACGCAAUUAUUAAAUAAAGAAAAAAGACACCCAAUCAAAGUGAA